AUGGUCGAAUCGUCACAGACCCAGUACAAGGGCGCCGGAUAUAAUGAUCUGGAUCUCAACAUGUUCUCCAAGCCCAUCUACUCGCGCUCCAACACUUCCAACACCUCCCUAGGCGGCUCGUCGGCCUCUGUGUCUGCUAACACGUCAGUCACCAACCUCAGCAGCUCGGCUUCUUUGCCACCUCCUCCUCCCAUCGGAGUCCCCCGGAGCCGAAAGGCCAGCGGAGAGACCAAGCGAGUGUCUGCUGAGCCGGAGGAGCACGCCAUCGAGACCAACGUGUCCGAGGCUGAUCUGGUGGCACAGAUGGAAAAGGUGCUCAAGAAGGACAACGGGCUGCCCGAGCGCGAGUUUGACCACUACUGCGUCAAGCUGCGAAAGCUUCUGCCCGGUCUGGACCAGGAGUGUCGUGAUAUCGCGUCCCAUGCUCUGGUCCUGGCAGAUGAGGGCAAGGGCAGCACCGCCAAGGAGCUGCUGGUGCAGUUCAUGCUGCGACAGAGCGGAAGCAGCAGCUGGGCCAUGCCCCUGCGAAAGGUGGUGGAGAAUACCAAGUAG